AUGCCUCCACCACCUGCCCCACCGCAGAUGAUGGUGGCCAAUGCUGGUGGUGGUCCGCCACAGCAGCAGCAGCCAGGACCACCAGGACCACCAGGACCGCCUCCGAGCGUGCAGAUGAGACCGCCGGGGCCGCUGCCACCGAACAUGCAAAUGGGUCCGCCGAUGAUGUCAGGGCCGCCCGGACAGCAGCAGAUGCAGCCUGGACCGCCGCCGCAGAUGGGCCAACCGCCACCGCCCGGACAACGAGGGCCCUACCCAGGACAGCAGCAGCCCCCACCACCACCCGGCGGAGGGUAUCCGAUGCAGCAAGGACAGCCCCGGUACGCCAUGCAUCCAGUUCGAAUGGGCGGGCCUGGCUCGCCAAUGGUCGGCGUUGGCGGAGGACCGCCACCACCCCAAUCGCCCUACAUGAACCGGCCGCCGGGAAUGCCGCCCGGUUCACCGAUGGUGGCCGGCGGCGGCGGCGGCAUGAAGCGACCCAUGGUAAUGCAAAGCCCGGGCGGCGGCGGCCCUCCCGGCGUCAUGAAACCCGGCGGCAUGGGCGGCGGCCCGCAGAUGGGCCCGCCCAACACGAUGGCCCCCGGGGCGCCGAACGUGCCCAUGCACGGCCCCAUACCGAAGAAGAAGAAGAAGGUCUCCGAUAAGGUGCUGCCGCAGAAGGUGCGCGACCUGGUGCCCGAGUCGCAGGCGUACAUGGACCUGCUGACCUUCGAGCGGAAACUGGACUUUACCAUCAUGCGGCGGCGGCUGGAGAUUACCGAGGCGCUGAAGAAGCCCAUCAAGGUGAAGCGCAAGCUGCGCAUCUUCAUCUCCAACACCUUCUUCCCCAGCAAGCCUGAGGGCAUGGACGGGGGCGGUGGUGGUGGUGGUGGUCCUGGUGACACCGAGCCCACCGUUCCCAGCUGGGAGCUGCGCGUCGAGGGCCGUCUGCUGGACGAGAAGCCGGCGGAAGCGAGCACCAUCAAGCGCAAGUUCUCCUCCUUCUUCAAGUCGCUGGUGAUCGAACUGGACAAGGACCUCUACGGGCCGGACAACCACCUGGUGGAGUGGCACCGCACCGUGCAGACCGCCGAGACGGACGGCUUCCAGGUGAAGCGGCCCGGCAAUAAGAACGUCCGCUGCACCAUCCUCCUCCUGCUCGACUACCAGCCGCAGCAGUACAAGCUGGAUCCGCGCCUGGGCCGCCUGCUCGGCAUGACCAUGGCCACCCGGUCGGGGGUGAUCAGCGCCUUCUGGACGUACGUCAAGACGAACCGGCUGCAGGACACGCACGAGCGGGAGUUCAUCAACUGCGACAAGUUCCUCGAGCAGAUCUUCGGCGUGUCGCGGAUGAAGUUCGCCGAGCUGACCAGCCGCCUGACCCCUUUUCUCCUCACGCCGGACCCGAUCGUCAUCAACCACCUGAUCUCGGUGGAGGGCCCGCCGGAGAACAUCAAGAAGACCACCUGCUACGACAUUGACGUGGAGAUUGAGGAUGGCAUUCGUCCGGCGCUGAACGGCUUCCUGGUGAACAGCAGCGUCCAGCAUGAGAUUCAGAGUCUGGAUAUGAAGCUCCAUGAGACGGUGGACACGAUCAAUCAGCUGAAGACGAAUCGGGAGUUCUUCCUGGGCUUCAGCAGCGACCCGCAGCAGUUCAUUCACAAGUGGCUGGUGUCGCAGGUCAGGGAUCUCAAGGUAAUGACCGACCAGAAUGGCAACUCCGAGGAGGAGCGCAUGUCGGACUUUUUCUUUCAGCCUUGGACGCAGGAAGCGGUCAGUCGGUACUUCUACAGCAAGAUCCAACAGCGGCGGGCAGAGCUGGAGCAGGCGCUGGGCAUUCGCAACACAUAA